UGGAACUAAGAGACUCAAACCUGUUCCAGCAUGACAAUGCCCCUAAGCACAAUUCAAGCUCCAUGAAGACAUGGUGUGUGAAGGUUGGAGUGGAAGAACUCGAGUGUCCUGCACAGAGCCCUGACCUCAACCCCACUGAACACCUUUGGGAUGAACUGGAACACCGACUGAACCCCAGACCUCCUCACCAACAUCAGCACCUGACCUCACUAAUGCUCUUGUAGCUGAAUGAACACAAAUCCCCACAGCCACGCUCCAACAUCUAGUGGAAAGACUUCGCAGACUAGUGGAAGUUAUUAUAACAGCAAAGUGUGGAAUGAGAUGUUCAAAAAGCACAUGAGUGUGAUGGACAGGUGUACACAAACUUUUUUGCUAUAUAGUGUAUGCAGAGUUUUGUAUCUUUUUUUAUUAUUAUUAUAGGUAGGUUUUAGAUGCAUGUAAACCUGUUGCUGAAUAACCAGACUUCUGAUUGGUGCAGGUGUUACUGAAUAACAAAAUUCAGUAACCUCAAUUAAAUUUAGACAUUUUGCAAUAUUCAGUUGAACUUGUGUGCAGUUAUAUUACACAAUCAAGUGUGACACAGUAAUCAGUACAUCUUUAUACGUUCUGUUCUGAAACAAUUAUAGCAAUCUCCAGGUAGUUAAUAAUAAUCUCACCUGGCACAUGCAGUGCCAUUCUCCACGUAUCAGUGUUGCCUUUUAACUUAUAAGCUCACGUGACACAGCGAGGCCACACUUUCAAAGGCGAGUGGCCUCUUCUCAUGAUAAGCAUCAAGGCAAAUAUUGCACUUGGAAUGUUUGGUUGAGCAAUAAUCAGCCCUGAUGUUCUGCAAAUAAGUUAUGUAAUCCAGUUGAACAAACCAGUUUAGUGAUAAAUAAUUUUUAAAAAGCUGCACAGAAAAAAAAGUUAGCACAACUAAGACAGCAGUGGCACCGGUUGUGGUAUUCAGCACACCUAAUCAGAGAGCACAAGGCGUAAUGCAGAGUCACACUUGAAGAAAAUGAACUGCAGUUGAGAAGACGUUGUGUGGAUUUAGGAUGUCUGACAUCUAGUUCUUUUGAUGCUCUUUUGAGGUUCAUUUGUUGGUAUCUAUGUGACAUUCUCUCGAUAUUUGGUCCGGGUCAUUUAAAGAUGCCUAUUUGGUCUGCGAGAGACCCCAGUCACGAUGGAUUUAGAGUCAGACAAAAAAAAAAUGGCUUCCUAUCUCCCAGUGACUACCAGUUGUGUCUGUAUUACUUCAUGACACGUGGUUGGAUCUAGACUAUUUUACCUGCCCUGUAUCUUGUGAAACCGAAUUACAACCCAGGCUUGGAGAAUGAUAUGUCCAAGGAAGAAGAGGCCCAUCAAAGAUGAGGAUUUUUCAGCCAUCGUGGUGCCCUCGAUGAAAGGCCAUGGCUAUCUGGACUACACCAUUGAGAGUCACCCUUCCAGAGCCCUUCAUCUCAUGGAUGAGUUGCGUCAACACGGACUGCUCUGUGACCUGGUACUUCGAGUGACGUACAAAGAUACGAUGGUUGAUUUCAAGGUGCACAAACUGGUACUGGCAGCCUGCAGCCCAUACUUCAAAGCCAUGUUCACCAGCAACUUCAAGGAGUGCCAGGCCUCAGAGGUGACUCUCAGGGAUGUUUGCCCUCAGGUGAUCAGUAGGUUGGUGGACUAUGCCUAUACCUCCCGCAUCACAGUAGGGGAAAAGUGUGUGCUGCACGUCCUGCUGGCUGCCAUGCGCUUCCAAAUGGAGGACGUGGCGAAAGCAUGCUGUGACUUCCUGAUGAAGAACCUAGAGCCCUCAAACGUCAUUGGGAUUGCCCGGUUUGCAGAGGAGAUAGGCUGUGUCGAGCUGCAUCAGCGGUGUCGGGAGUAUAUCAACAGUCACUUCAGUGAGGUGACCAAAGAAGAGGAGUUCUUCAGCCUGACGCACUGCCAGCUGCUGGAGCUCAUCAGUCAGGACAGUCUGAAGGUUCUGUGCGAGACUGAGGUCUACAAAGCCUGCACUGACUGGGUGCGAUGGGAUGCGGAGGCUCGCUCCCAGUACUUCCAUGCUCUGCUCAAUGCUGUCCAUAUCUACGCCUUGCCUGCCAAGUUCCUCAAGAGGCAGCUGCAGUCAUGUCCUAUCUUGAGCAAGGCCAACUCCUGCAAAGACUUCCUCUCCAAGAUCUUCCAUGACAUGACCCUCCGCAAGUACCUGCCCCCUACUCCAUACCGAGGCACUAAGUUGAUCUACGUGGCUGGGGGUUACAAGCAGCACUCGUUGGACUCCAUGGAGGCUUUUGACCCACGAAACAACACUUGGCUGCCCCUGGAGCCGAUGACGCAACCCUGUAGUGGCUUGGGCGCCUCUGUACUGUUUGGGCUCUUCUACACUGUGGGGGGUCGAAACCUCUCAAUGCAGAGCAACGCAGACUCCGCAACACUGUCCUGCUACAACCCCAUGACCAAUCAGUGGACCCAGCUAGCUUCGCUUAACACAGCCAGAAACAGAGUGGGCACUGGGGAACUCGACGGGAGCAUCUACGCUGUUGGAGGAUCCCAUGGCUCCACACAUCACAACACAGUGGAGAGGUACGAUCCAGAGACAAACAGGUGGACAUAUGUGGCGCCGAUGUCCGUGGCACGCCUGGGAGCUGGAGUGGCAGCGUGCGGGGGAGCUCUGUAUGUGGUGGGGGGCUUCGAUGGCCAAAACCGGUGGAGAACAGUAGAACGCUAUCAACCAGACACCAACACUUGGCACCAUGUAGCAUCUAUGAACACUGCACGUAGUGGCUUAGGUGUGGUGUCUAUAGAUUCUUACCUCUACGCAGUGGGUGGUUAUGACGGCCAAAGGCAACUCAACACUAUGGAGAGAUAUAACGUAGCCAGAGACGUUUGGGAGCCCAUGGCGUCCAUGGUCCACAGUCGGAGUGCCCACGGAGUCACGGUCUACCACGACAAACUCUUCGUGUUUGGUGGUUUCAACCAGAGUGGUUUCCUGUCCAGCGUGGAGAGUUACUGCCCAGGAAGUAACCAGUGGACGUACGUGACGGACAUGCCAGUGGGUCGAAGUGGGAUGGGAGUAGGUGUAACCAUGGAGCCGUGCCCGGGCUGCUUUCCAGAGGAGGAAGACGAACUAUGAUGCAGACUUUGAACCUUGCAACGUCAUCAGAGUUCACGCCUGGCCCCUUGAGGUUGAGCAGAUACUUGGCAGGUUUCCCAGCCAGAACGAUUUUGACUCGUUGUGCUGUGGCAGUAUUGGACAAGACUGCACGGUGUAGGUUUGUGUGUGUUAUUUAGAACACAAUCGCUGGACUACUGACCUUUCCUGACGAGCUCGGAUUACUCUGUGAAUAAAUUGUGAAUAAAAGUUUUGAUCUGUA